ACUUAUUUCGGUUAUAUUGGAAGUUAUUUCAUUAAUUUUAUUGUGUAUCUCGGAAAAAAUAAUAUAAUUAUUCUACGUAUAUAUUUUUUUGAAUUUAAAAUCUAUAUAUUUUGAAAGUUUGAAUGGCACAAAUGAGCAUUACGAUCGAACCUUUCCGUAAAGGAUGUUCUUUUACGGAAUGGGCGGAACGUUUGGAUUAUUUUUUCAUAGUAAACAAAGUGCCGGAGGGCGACAGAAAAGCUCAUUUUAUUGCUUUAUCGGGGCCAGCAGUAUAUAGUGAAUUAAAGCUGAUGUACCCUAAUGGAAAUUUGAACGAUGCAACCUUUGCUGAAAUAAUUACGAAAUUAAAGGCGCGUUUUGAUAAAACGGAGUCUGAUCUUAUACAACGACUAAAAUUUAACAACAGAUCUCAGCAGCCAAAUGAAUCUUUGGAGGAUUUUGUGCUUGCUUUAAAGUUACAGGCUGAAUUUUGCGCUUUUGGCAACUUCAAAGAAGCUGCUAUUAUAGACCGUAUAAUCUCAGGUGUUCGGGACAACGGUCUAAGGAAAAAAUUAAUUAAUGAAAAUAUGCAAACGUUGGAAGCAACCGAAAGAUUUCUAACGACUUGGGAGAUGGCGGAGACAAACGCCAAGAAUUUUGUGGUAAACGCACCUGUCGGGGAAGAACGAAUUGCAUCUCACAAUACGGCAUUUAGAAGUGGUUCGCAAUUGAACAAAUUAAAACAUAUAUAUGAAUUGGCUAUGAAACAAAAUCCUUCUGUUGAGCGAAGAUAUGAAUCCCCGAGAAGUAAUGUAAAAAGCAGGUUAGGAUACAACUAUAAAAACAAAUUUCCCUAUUAUAAAGACGAUCGUUUCAAGCCUACGGAAUGGCGUGAUAGCAGGGAAAGAAGCAAACCUGACUAUUCAAAAAUGACCUGUGAUUAUUGUGGUGUCAAAGGGCACAUCAAGCGGAAAUGCUUCAGGUUAAAAAAUUCACAGCGUAAUAUGGUAAAAUUUGUAGAUGAAUAUGAGCAAGCAGGACCCAGUCAAGUAUCCAACUUAAAUAAAAUAUUUAGCAGGAUGCGAGCGGACGAUUCGGAGAGCGAUGAGGAAGAUCGCGACACAGGUUGCAAUUGGAAACGCAACAAUAAUGGCUCACCGAACGCAGCUAAAAGUAGCAGGCAAAAGUAACAACACCAGGCCAAAUGUGUUGGUGUCCUUGGGACUCCCAACGGAGGAAAAGAGAGCAGACAGCGACGAUGAGCAGUUUUACGGAUUUCCUGAGGAAGAGAUGACAUCAACCAGGAAAAGGAAACGAGAAUUGAGGGAGACGGCUAAGGUCGAACUAAGACGCUCGAAGCGACGAAGAACGGCAAGGGUCGAGAGUGAAUUUUUAUAUAGCUAAGUUAUUAUUACACUAAAAAUGUUCUAAAUUAGGGGCUUUGGCCUUUUCGAAUUGUUUUAGAAGUAUCAGUUGAUAUAUUUUGUUAUUUCGUUCGAAACUCUGAAUUUAUAUUUUAUUAAAUGAUCUUCCAAAAGGGGAAGAGCUGUUAUGUAUAACUGAAAGUGUUAUUUUACUCAGUGCAUUUUAGAGCACUUUCGAUAUAAAGAAGAGAGAAGAAACAGAGAAGAAUAAACGUAAAUAGGAAGCUGGACUUCACUUCAGUUUCAAACCUAAAA